ACCUCACCAUCACCUCCAAGUCGCGCCAAUACCCUCGUUCUCUCGACGAUCACAUAGCAUACACGCAGCGUACUCGCUUCUCAGCAACCACACGUGCUCACUCACAUGCACUCGUCUCACCACUGUACCGCAAAUGGACGCUGCCUCUGAGCGAGCGAGCGAGAGACCGAGGCCGAUCCCGACGCCGCCUCCUCCUCCGCGAGACGACGCCGCCACGUCCACGUCGCCCGCUUCGUCGAGCUCCAAUGUCACUCAGGCCAUCUAUGCCCCCGGGGCAGGGCCUAGCGCUGCCAGUCAGGGAGGGCUGCAUAUAAGCUUGCCCCCCAACUUUCCCGCGCCAGAGACGAGCGUCUUUUCCCCGCCCGAGGCGAGAAGAGGCGCAAGUGAUGCUGCGACGGCCGCUACGACGGCGGGGUAUCUAGGCGCAAAGGCCGGCUCGUCUUCAACGGGAGCAGUCGCACCACCAGUCGCUCUGGCUGCCACGACGCGGGUCAGCAAGGAGCCAGGCGCAUCAAUGCCACCACCCCCACCGCCCGCACCUCGCGUUACAGCAUCGCCUCCGCCCGCUCCUCGCGCUGCAUCCCCUCGCCCUCCCCUCUCAACACGCACGUCAUCACAUCGCUCACCGUCUGCGCGGCCGAUGAAAGGAACCUUCAGCCCACGCCAGCAUGCCGCCAGCCCGCGGCCCCACACCGCCUUCAGCCCGCGCCGUCAAGCCUCCAGCUCCGCCCUCGUAGACGACGACGAGCACGACGAUGGCGUAGAAGGGAUCAAUGACGAACUCGCGCAACUCCCCGCCAGCCUGCUUCACCACCCCCACAAUCUCGACUCCCUCGCCGCCCCCUCAUCAGGGCGUAAAGCCUCGGUAUCCCUGCAGCUAUUUAAGGAGACGGGGCCGAGCAGCAGCGGCAAAGUAGCGGGUCCAGCUGGAGCGGGGGCGGGGUCGGGGGCGGGAGCACGAGUUGCGAGCCCUACGGCGCAGAGUGCCUUUGAGCCCAGUCCGAAGAAUCCAUUUGGGGUGCGUGCGAGUAGCAAGAAGCCGGCGGUCAGGAGCGCAGAUGCUGCUCAGCUUGUUGCGGGGACCGGUGCAGUGGGGGAAGCGAAGAAGUUGCCGGAUCUACCUAGCCUGCCUACGGCUGCAUUGGCUCUGGAUGCUGGCGGGGUGAGGAGACCGGAGGAGACUGCCCUCUCGUCCGGCGCUGCCCGCUCGUCUGGCGCUGCCACGCCGUCUAAGCUUAUGGCGCAACAUCCCGAGAAUGAGGUGCAUUUCACGCCUCGUCGCCUUUCGAUACCCUACAGCGACGCCUCCGCCGAUGUGGACUUUGAAGACGACCCGAGUGGGAGCGGCAGCGGCAGCGCCAGCGCCAGCGACGGGGAGGACCACGCGCGCAGUCACCACACCGACUCGAUUGCGGUUCCCUCGACCUCACGCCCUACAUCCCCAUCCCAUCGCGCCGCCUUUCCCUCUCUCUCUCCCCCAGGCCACGCACCCUCGGUCGUACAGCUCCAACCCUUCAGCAAUCAAGUUGGCGGGCACAAUACCGUCUUCCGCUUCUCACGCCGAGCAGUCUGCAAGCCCCUCGUCAGCCGCGAGGACCUCUUCUACGAGGCCGUGGAGCGCGAGCACCCUCAACUGCUCAGCUUCAUCCCGCAAUACCUCGGCGUGCUCAACGUAACGUACCGACAAGCAGGGGAGGGGGCCGAGCAGCAGCCACGACAGCGGGCGCAGCGCAAGGUCUUUGAGGGGCAGGGGGACGACGAUGGCGACGAGGUGCCGGAGGUGGCCUUGGAUAUGAAUCGACACAUUGUGCCCGAGUGGAUGUUGCGGCGCAGUGGGAUCCGUAGCGCGAGUGGGAUGGGCACGCCAGCGCGAUUGGGGCGGGGGGAGGCGGCAGGGGAAGGUUCGGCGAACGGACGACGACAGCAUCACUCGGCUGAGCGUGCGGGGAGCGUAGAGUCGAGCAGUAGUGGUGCGCGAAUGGAGUCGAGCAGUCUGGAUCGAGAUCGUGUAUGGGGUUCCUCGCCGCCCAGCGCCUGUCGUGGGUCUACGUCGGUGAAUCGUCGCUUGCAGGAACAGGUGCUGCGCGAAGUCUUCUCGGCGCCGCGCAGUGAUACGGGCUGGACUUCUGGCGCGAGUCGCAGCAAGUCCCGCGCUCAGAAGAAUCGCAACAAGCUGGCAAAGGCGUGGCAGGAGGGAGAGGGGGCGAGGCGUGGUCACGACACCAACGAGGCGGAAGCGCACGCGCACGCGCACGCGCACGCGCACGCGCAGGCACACACGCAGGAAGACGCGGAGUCGCACCGUCCACGUCGAGUACACUCGGACGCGGCGUUGGAUCUUCAUGCCCGCGCUGACUUCUCACUCACGCCGAUGCAGAGCAGCUCCAAGCUCGCCGAGACGACGCGACAACGCCACGAGUCGGCUGAGAUGCCCGUAUUUGCAAUGGAUGGCGAGGCGGAGGAGCGCGGCGAGGUGCGCGCCCCACCCUCGCCGCACGCCCCACCAACGACGGACGCCGACGAUCUCGCCCCCUCGCCACGCCAACAGCAGUUCCUCCUCAUGGAAGACCUCACAGGUCGUCUCCUCUCCCCCUGCGUUCUAGACCUCAAGAUGGGAACACGCCAAUACGGCCUCGACGCCACGCCGGGGAAAAAGGCUAGCCAGACGAAAAAGUGCGACAAGACGACGAGUCGCUCGCACGGGGUGCGCAUCUGUGGUAUGCAGGUGUACGACUGUACGAAGGAGCGGUACAUCUUCCAGGACAAGUAUUUUGGGCGCAAGGUUGCGCCAGGCGAUUUCGCAAGCGCGCUCAGUCGCUUCUUCCAUAAUGGGGAGCGCCUCCUCCUCCACCACAUCCCCGUCAUCCUCGAGAAGCUCUUUCGCCUCGCACGGAUCAUCCGCCAGCUCGCCGGCUAUCGCUUCUAUGCCUCUUCGCUCCUCUUCAUCUACGACGGCGAUUGUGCGGUACAGGCCCGACUCGAGAAGGAGUUUGAGGCUCGCAUCGAGCGCGGGACGGCGGGCUUGUCCCCCGGUUUGAGGUCGAGCGUAGAGAACAGUCCUGCCCUCGAACCUGUAGACGCCAUCCCUUCAUCCGGCCAGCCGCGCAGGCGGAGAAGACGCGGGGAGAUCAAUAUCCGCAUCAUCGACUUUGCGCACUGCACCACAGGAGACGUGGAGCGGGCGCGUUUCCCCCCGCACGACCCCGUGGGCCCGGAUUCAGGGUACCUGUGGGGAUUGCAGCGACUCAGCGAGUCCUUCUAUGAGAUUUGGGAGGAGGAGAGACGUAAGCGCAUCGAGGGGGGAGGGGCGGAUGUGGGUGAGCUGCGCGUUGAGGAUGAGGGCGUGUUUGGGGAGAUGUUUGGUGAGGAGGAGGGGCAGGUGGGGUACAUUUCGCAGUAGGCGCGCGCGCGCGUGGAGGGGGAUGUUACGCUGUGCAAUCGCAUCGCAUUGCAAGUCGCUACGCUCUUUGUCUCCAUGCGU